GGCCCGUCGAAGGCUGCUUGUGCAUCGUAGGCCUAGAACUUCUACUGGAGAACUGUCUGGUGCCCCUUUUCUCAGAUCUAGCAAAGGAUUCCGUCUGCUUUUUGUGAAGUUGAUUAACUGAGGCUGGUAUCUAGGCCUAUGGAACUUCUUCUGUAGAGCUGUCUGGUGCUCUUUUUCUCAGAUCUCACAAAGGAUUCCAUCCGGAUUUUUGUGGCGUAGGCCUACUGCCUCAUUCUCUGAGUUCUGUCGUGGAUUUCAAACACUGACGAAGAGAGAGAUCUGUCGAAAAAGACCCACAGGAUUUCGACAGGAUUUACUCUGGCAGUUUGAAAAUCGAAGUCUCCUUUUUCGUUUAUGUGAAUUGAAGACUUUUCAUCGAAAAGGACAACGCCCACCUGACGAAGACCUACUCCGGGGGACAGAGGAAGAGAGAAACCGCACGUGCGAAUCCGUCGCACCCUUGUUCUUGUGUGUGUGUGAGAGAGAGAGAGAGAGAUUGGAUUUUCAAAACAUUAUAAAAGAAAAUAUAAGUUUCAUUUAGCCAAAGGCUACCAGCCAAGACAUGGACUUUGUUGGUUUCGAGAACCUAGAACCUUCCCUGAGUUACGAAGAGGAACUCCUGCUGUUGACGCAGGCGGGCAACUUCGAAAACCUCUACUACACUUAUCUGGUGGACAUGAGUUCCUUCUCUGGCGCCCACGAAGGACGUGACGAUUCCCGAGGAGGCUUCCCGCAGGAGUUUGGGACUUCGGCGGGCGGGCACGAUGUCCCCUGUAGCAGCAGCAGCGGGUACGAAGGGCAUUCCUACGAAGGGGAUGGAAGGUCCUUCAGAAAGAUACCCGUCGGCGACUGGCGGGGCGAGGACUGUGUCGACUGGGCGGACGCCGUCUGCAGGAAGAGGGGCAUUGACCCUGCCUCCAUCAGCACCUGGGAUUUCAGGAAUUCGACAGGGGCCACCCUCCUGCAGUUCUCUCCGGAGCACUUCGUCGCCUUCGUCGGUGACCGGUACGGGGAGGUGUUCUUCCAGGAACUGCAAGCGUUGUGGAGGAAAGGCAACAACGGCAAGAGCAUAUCCAAACCGGCAUCCUCUGAAGGUGCCUAUGGGUAUACCGCGCCAGGAGAGGGCUUGUUCCUAGCCACUUCUGGAGCCUACCAAGACAGCAAGGACAUAUUCAGCUAUACCACUGAGGACCUUAAGGACCUGGCCCAGUAUUUCCCUGACGAGGACUACGAUCCUUUAUCCCACGACCUGCAAGAUUUGGACCUGCUGGAGGAGUUCAUGCCCAUAAAAUACGAUGAACCACAUCUGAGCUAUGAGUAUCCUGUUCCCUCUGAAACUUCACCUUCCUCCUCACUCGCUGCUGCGACAAGUUCCUCAGUCGGAGACCUCGCGAGCACUGAAGACGACGUCUUCAAGAAGAUACCAACAAAUACAAGAAGGAAAGUGAGAGGACCUAGGUCUUGGGAGUUCCUCGUCCGGCUUCUGGUCGACAAACGAACCAAUCCAGCGCUCAUCCGAUGGGAAGAUGAAGCCACGGCCACUUUCCGCCUGACACAGCCGAACAUCAUCGCUCAGAUGUGGGGGAAGCGUUCGAAGAACCCAAAGUUGUCUUACGUUAACUUCGCACGAGGCUUGAGAUAUCACUACAACACAGGAGCUCUUGAGCCCGUGUCGGAACGCCAGUUGGUCUACAGAUGGGGCCCAAAAGCACUCGAGUACCUAGACGAACUGAAGAAGGCACCCCAGUGACGGGACGCUUUGUUUUGGUCUUUCUGAAGACUGACCAUCUCCUGUUGUGAUUGGAGGUCACCUUGCCCUCUCACUUGUUGUGACUGGUCUGGCGAUGAGGAUGGUGAUUAUAAGGUGUGAAUGGUGUUAGAACAAUUAUUCUGUGUCGUGCCAGUCAGUAGUUGUACCUGGUGGCAAACAAUAUCUUGUUGAAGGAUUUAAAUUUCUGGAGAAGCCAAAUCGUACGCAAGCAAGCGUUGGCGGAAGUAUUGGAACCAAAGGUUCGUUCCAUCAUCUGAGUGUCCUUUGUGCAAAGGAGGUGUGAGAUAUCAAACUUUGAGUUAUUCUGUGAAUUAACGCAAUAUUUCGUUUUAUUCUAAGCAACAUUUCUGGAAAAUAUCAAUUUUAAUAGAUUUCUCUUCCUUAGAGGAAGCACGUACCUUUGUAUUAUUUAUUAUGAUUAUUUUAGUACAUAAAUGCAGCAAUAUUUUCCCUCUGUGAUAGAAAUACAUGAAUAUGGCGUCCGUAUUUAUUUGUAUGUUUCCGGAAUUUAUGGCAGGAAUUAAUUUAUUAUGCACAGGAACUAGGGUUAACACAUGUGAUGUUUUUGUAACAGUCGGCUGAGGCUGUGGAAGUUUUCUGUUUGAGAUUUCAUCCUUUGUUCUUAGGAUGAA